AUGGAACACGGCAAGGUCGAAGACUUGCUGGAGCACUGGUACAAGAAAUUUCAGAAGAUACCAGAGGAAGCGCACCUUCUCUGCCCCAAAGUCGACGAUGACGACGAGGAGGACUACGAUGACCCUGCCGCCAGCGACACGCUUUCCGCGGACGACAAGAAGAAAAGGAUACAAGAUGGCCAGGAUAGGAUUGAAAUCGUUUAUUGGACAAGCCUUCUCAUGGCAUACGGCAAGGACAAGGCUGGCGUAUGGCUGUCCGACUGGACUGAUCGCAUGGCGACCUACAUGCACACAUGCGACAAGUGUGUGCUGAAUUGGCACAUGAACCGCAAGAAGUUCAUUCGUAAAUAUGCUGUUGAAUGGGACGAUAGCCUUGCUCAGCAAGUCGAGGACUGUUUGCACAGAUACGAUUUCGAUCGACUCAACAGGGGCAUUGGCUGGGCUGUCGAGAUAAUUGACACGGUCGAGACCACGGAAGGGCGUGCCUUCCAAAAGAGCGACCUCAAGGACCAGGUCGGUCUGUUGCUGCUCACUAUCUACGAGACGCUCUGUUGCAUGGCCUACCUUAGUGAUCCGGCCCGACGCGCAUCUUUCCAGAAGGUCUUUGAGCGGCUUCAGCCCAAGAAGCCCCUCAAGAUGGGCGAGAAUGUUGUGCUCCCUGCCAUGACGUGGUUCCUCUUCGAUAAGGAGCCGACGCGCCACCGAUUUGCUGUCAGCUCUUGGGAGCGAUUACAGCCACUAUCUCUGACCCAAGAUAAAUUCGACUGGGCAGUCCAUGACCAUAUCAUACCUGUGCUCGAUGCGGCAGCAACGUGGGACAUCAGCAUGAAGGAGUCUCUCCCAGAAAUCCAGCGGUUCUGGGAAGGCAUGAACUACAUCCUGAAGACGCUCGAUGGAGAACUGAUGCUCCGUGGCAUCCGUAGCCUUGAUCCAGCCCCCCGGGUGGUCGAGUUGCUCUUCAACCAUAUCCACUGUAACUCGGAGGCGAUCCUGCUCUUCACGCUCCAGGCCAUGUCGACCAUUAUCAAGACGGCCCCUCAGCUCAUCCGCGACACCAUCAACGACGCACGACCCAUCGUUGUCGUUGAGCAAAUUUUCAGAACCCCUUUGAUCAGGACUCUCCUUGCACAGUCGGUGGCGUAUACCAUCCACUCCGGGGACGGCACGUCAAAUCAAGUAGGCGAUAGGAUUGAGUGUGCUGCCAUAUCUUGGAUCGAUGUCUGGAUUCGCUCGCUCAAGAUCAGCGAGAUGAGUGACGCUUGCGAACAGCUGCUUCGGCUCUUGUUUAGACGCGAACUGCAGAAUGACACUCUCGGCGAUCAAGGCAAGGCAGCCUGUAUUCGUGCUGGGCUGGAUGCUCUUGCGCAUGUUUUGCAGUCGUUCGUGAACCCGUCGGUCAAUCUUAUCAACGGGUCAAUGUCACUCUAUGUGAACGCGACCCUCAAUGUCACCUUGUCCUACAAGGACCUUAUCAAUGACGCUCUCAACAGGAAAAGCCAGGCUUUCGACACUCUCGGCGUACACAAGGCAGCCAUGAGCGUUGUCAAGGCAGCGCUGACACUAGACGCCAAGGCCACAGCUGCCGAGCACCAAGAACUGCGCCGCGAAGAGCAAGAUUUCAUCAACGCCGAUAAACCUGAAGAAGUUCGCCCGGCCAAUCUGCAGAUGACAGUCUCUCGUGAUUCUCCUGCCUUAUGGGAAGCCUUCAUGGACAGUCUCAGGAGUAGCAACCUGCCACUUGCGCAAAACAUGGUCCUGGCAAUGGGUCCACUUAUUAGCCUGAGUAGAUUCUUGCCAAAGAGGAAGAAACCCAACUCUCUCGACAAGGUCAGGGUUCAGCUCGGUGAUGCAACCAUCAAGACGGCUGCUGUUUGUGGCAGGAUCAUGCAAAGAUUGUGUGACUAUAGCAAGGAAGACCUCGAGCUUCUCCUAUACAAGGCACAAACGAUCCGACCUGUCCUUGCUCUGAACCUCCACGGCGAGGAUGAGCUUCGAGACUCGAGCAAAGAGCUGGUGAAGACCAUAACGGGAGUAUUCUCGCACUCGGAUGCCUUGCUCGAGCUUCUACACCAGCGUCUCGAGGUCACAUUGGCAUCUCUCAACUACGGUCUUUUGCAAAUCCAUGAGUCAAAAGUACUGACUUGGGGCCCUGCUGUGCCCAUCAUCACGACAAGCCGCAAUGUGCUCAAUGCUUUGUGUGACCCGACCUCCGGUAUUCUUCGAUCCCGCGUGCUAGAGCUGGGCGAAGAAGUUGCACUUUCGACGUGGUGGUCGGCUCAGUGGAAGUAUCUCGAAAAGGCGUUCGACACGACAGCCCAUUGGUCCCACUUUGUCGAGGUGGACAAGAUCAAAGACUUUUGCCGCAACAGCAUCGAGCACGCCGACGACCUGAUGGCGCAGUGUGGUCUGAUUGCCUCAGCCCUCCAGCAAAAGGAGCAAAGAAACCAACAGGCAGCCACGCUCUCUGGCAACACUCCGUCAGGCAUGCAUAGGCUGUUGAAAGAACCGACAGAAAGACUGACGCCUAUCGUCAACAUGGUUCGACUGCGCGACCCGACCCUGGUAGCCACUACUGUGCAGGUUGUCGUCAGGCUGCUCGUCAGACUGCGGGAGAAUGACCACGAGAUUCCGCAGAGCUCGAGGGAUUUCAUUCACAAUGUUUGCACUAAAGGACCCGAUGGCCGAUACAUUACCCCUUCGAACGCGACAAGCCAGCAACGGGCCGAGCUCCUCAAGGCUCUGGGGGAAGAAGAAGAAGAAGACGACGUCGAGGUCAUUUCUAUACAGCCAGCUUCUGCUGCCAUCAAGAAGAAGCAGACGUCGCUGGAUGCAUGGUCAAAGUCUGGAUCUUCUGGGUCAAGCUCUGCGGUUCCCAGGUCCAGGUCCAACAAGGAUGAUGUCCUCUCACUUAGCAGCUCUGUUGACAAGAACCGCUCCCUGCUAGACAAGAUUUCUGCCCGGCAAUCGGCUAUGGCCAAGCCCAAACCUCUGCCCCUCAAGGCCAAAAUCGAUCCCAGCUCAACCAAAGCCCUCAUCGAAUCCCGAAAAGCCGCCAAGGCCGACAAGGCAAAGAGAGAUGCUGAAGCCAUCGCCAAGGCCCAAGCUUUGCGAGGGCCUGAAAUCAAGGGUCUGUCUGGUGUCAUUGGCAAGGAUCACGCUCCAUCAAAGAACGAGAUCAUGGUGGAUAGUGAUGACGAUGAGUCUUCCGAUGACUCUGAGGACGAGGACGUCAAGGCUCUCAUCAACAAGGGCCAGCUUGGCCAGAAAGCCAAAGACGAAGCGACACGGCGUCAAGAGCAGAUCUUGCUGGAGAAGACCCGAGGGCCGGUCAAGAAGCAGCGCAUUGUUCGCUCGGCCAAGGAUAUGCGUGCGCGUUUGAUUCCUCCCAUGGACCAGCUCCACCAGGCCAUUCUCGAGUGGGAUAUCUUCUUCGAGGGUAACGACCCUCCGACGCUGGAGAAAUGCGCUCGGGUUGCCGAUACAUACCCACAUCCUGAGGCUUACAAGCAGACCUUUUGGAAGUUGCUGGUCUCCGAGGCUUGGCGCUCUUUCGUUACGUCCAAAGAUGAAGCAACAUCAAAACCGUUUGGCAUCAAGAUUGCCUCGCGCAUGAGCAUCGACAGGUUUCUCGAAGUCACCGCAAGCAUGCCAAAGCUUGAGAACAAGGAACGAGGCUUGUCCGAGGGCGACAUUAUCUUGCUCUCUCAAUCAUCAAACCCCCUCAGCGACCCCAAUGAACCACAUGCUCUAGCACGCAUCUGGAAGACUGCCUACAAAAAAGAUAUGCUCGAGGUCACGUACCGUCUGAACAUGCGGAACAACCCGCUGCAGGGCAACCUCCACAUCAGCGCUGAGCUCUAUGCUGCCAAGAUCACGAACAUGACCACGAUCGAGCGCGAGUAUGCUGCUCUAGAGAGUCUGAAGUACUAUGACCUGAUGGACGAGGUCCUCAAGGCCGAGCCAUCGCCGGUCUUGAAGUACAGCGACGAGCUCGUCACCCAAGUCUUGACAAACUACACACUCAAUCCUGGGCAGGCCAAGGCCAUUCUCGGAGCUCGUGACAAUGACGGCUUCACGCUUAUCCAAGGCCCUCCUGGUACGGGCAAAACGAAAACCAUCGUAGCCAUGGUGGGUGCUCUCAUGACUGGCAACAUUCCGCAGUCUGGCGGCGUCCGACUCGCGACGGGCGGCGCCACUCAGGCAGCAGGCCAGAAGAAGAAGAUUCUGGUGUGCGCGCCUAGUAACGCUGCUGUGGACGAACUUGUUCUGCGUCUCAAGCAGGGCAUCCGGACCAUGUCGGGCAACGAUCACAAGAUUAACGUCUUGCGUCUGGGCCGGAGUGACGCCAUCAACGCAGCUGUCAGGGACGUGACCCUGGACGAACUGGUCAAGAAGCGGCUCGAGGGCGACAACACGGCAGAGAAGCUCAAGACUGCUCGCGACAAGUUGCAUUCUGAUGCCGCAGGAAUCAGAGAUAAGGUGAACGAGCUUCGACCCGCCCUCGAGGCAGCCCGAGGCACUGACCGUGAGCUCGAAAUGACGCUUCAGCGACAAUUCGAUACCCUGAAGCGUGAACAGUUCCGCAUCGGUACGCAAAUCGAUGCCGACAAAGAAAGCGGACAGACCAUCUCUCGUGAGGUGGAGAUCAAGAGGAAGCAGGUACAGCAGGAGAUUCUCGACUCGGCCCAGGUGCUGUGCGCCACAUUGAGUGGUUCCGGCCAUGAAAUGUUCAAGAACCUGAGUGUUGACUUUGAGACUGUCAUCAUCGAUGGAGCUGCGCAGUGUGUUGAGCUCAGCGCCCUCAUCCCUCUCAAGUACGGUUGCACCAAGUGCAUCCUUGUCGGAGAUCCCAAGCAGCUCCCGCCCACAGUAUUGUCACAGUCGGCUGCCAGGUUUGGUUACGACCAGAGUCUCUUCGUUCGCAUGCAGCGCAACCACCCCGAAUACAUCCACAUGCUCGAUACGCAGUACCGCAUGCACCCGGAGAUCAGCUACUUCCCCAGUCAAGAAUUCUACGAAGCCAAGUUGGUGGACGGUCCGAACAUGGCCGGUUUACGACGGCAGGCGUGGCACGCGAGCCCUCUUCUCGGCCCCUAUCGUUUCUUUGAUGUUCAGGGCACACAGGAGAGGGGCCGCAAGGGCCAAUCACUUGUUAACCUGGCUGAGCUGAAGGUGGCCAUGCAAAUUUACUCGCGAAGCCCAGCCACACGUUGCGGCCCGGCGCUGCCGAACGCGGAGUAUCGCGAAGUGCCUUCCAGAGAUGGUCCGCCACCGACGGGCCCAAGAGCCCAGACAGAUCACAGCCACGGGCGAGGCGACGCUCAGGCCAGGGCGGCGCGCCCUGAUGCCCCUCCACAGAUUCAGACAUCGGCUCCUCCACGGCCGGGGGGCGCUCCACAGAUUCAGACGUCGGCGCCCGACUCAAAGAAGCGGCCGAGAGAUGGAGAUGGGCUCGGCCAUCCCAACGCCAAGAGGAUGGCGAGCAGCAGCAACGAUGGGGCGCACCACCGGCACGGCGACACGAGAGCGGCGCCGACGGGGCCCAAGGCGCACAGGAACCCGCGCGGGGAGCACUGGGAAGGUCGCGAAACGAAGCCGAAGACGACGGUGGAUCCAUCAGCGAUGGCAGCACUGGGUCUCGUGGCUCCCGAACGGCCUCCUGCUGUUCCGACGGCUUCGAGUGGAGCGACAUCUGGGCCGUCCGCGCCGACGACGGGUCUGAACCGAGUGAACCAGAUCCAGCAGAGGCAGAGUCAGGGACAGAACCCGGGACAGGGCCCGCCGCGGAAAAAGAAGCCCAAGGGCAACGGCAUGUUCAUUGAGAGGAGACCGCCGAGACGAGAGUAG